AUGGCCAACUUUGCCGGUGAGCUUGUGCAAAACCGUGAAAGGUGUUUUGCAGAACUUAGACGUGCCCGGCGAGCUUACAGCAGAGACCUGGAGCGGAACGAGUCAGAGGUCCUAGCCGAUCCGACAUCGGCGCGGGCACGGCAGGAUACUCAGCCAGAGCAGCUCCGAGCUCUGAUUCAGGUUUGUCGAUGUGAUGACUUGCCAAGUGCAGAGGUGGUGAUCUACCUUGCUUUCCGCGGUACUGUCAAUCAAGACAAUCUCGUCACCGAUUUGUAUGCGGAGUUAGUGCCGUGGGAUAUCGGGGACGCGGUUAUAUCCACUGCUCGAGUGCAUCGUGGAUUCCAGGAUGCAUACAGGGCGCUCAGAUCUGGAGUUCUGGGAAGGCUGGAUGCAGACCUGGCGAAGUUCAACGUUGCUGCCAGCAGGGUGCUUCUACGGGCGACUGGUCACAGCCUUGGUGGGGCCCUUGCCAUGCUGGCUUGCCUGGACCUAGCAACAUGUCGAGGUUUCGCUGCUUGA